UAUGAAAUGCGUGUAUAUAUUUUUUAUGAGAUUGGAUUUACGUUUGAGAUUGAAUUUACAAACAAAAUGUCGGUUUGAAGUGGUUUAUAUAAUUGUAUAUCUUUAUAUUUUAGCACCUUCCGAGGAAGAUAUUGAACGAGAAGACGCCCACAUGCAUCCUCCUCCUCCCACUAGCACUGAAGCCCCUGAAGAAGCAAGCGAAGGUGAAGAAAACGAAAAUGGCAUUGAAGAACCAGAAGAGGUAGGAGAAGAAGUAGGCGAGGAGCCUGAAGAAGAGGACGAUGCGGAAGAAAAAGAAGAAAAAGAUGAAGAAGAAGAAGAAGAGAAAGAGGAGGAAGACGAGAAGGUUGCCGAGAAAUAAAGAUGUAGACACUUAUCUCUUGAAUCUACACAACAAAGUGCUUAUAAAAUAGCUGAAAACAUUAAGAAUAAAAAAUAUACAUUAAUUUUAUUGUUUAAUCAACUAAUACGUUUAAUAUCAAAAUAUAGAACAUAUUGUUAUAACCUGAAUCACAUAAACAUUAUAGGUUCUAUUUCGGAUGAAAAAAGAAUAUAUUGUAUGUAUUGAUACCGUACAUGUACAAAUCUCCAAGUCAAAACUGAUGAAAUUCGAAAUACUGUCGAAAAUAAUUUAUCUCAUAUUUAAAUUUAAAAUGCAGACAUUUCAUGUAUGAACACCCCAAUCCUUCCUUAUAUUUAGAUUGCAUUAAAUACAAAAUGUAAUCCUUUUA